GUUCUUCUCUCUGAGGGACAUGGCCGCUCCUGCUGCCACAGUGGAGACAUUGGAAGAGAUGGAGGUGCUGGAGAAGGGCGUAGCCGGCGGCGACGGGAGCAGGAGGAGGAGGCCGCGGGGGUGGAAGACCAUGCCCUUCAUCAUAGCAACCGAGACAUUUGAGAAGGUUGGGUCGAUCGGGGUGGCAGCAAAUCUGACGGUCUAUCUUGUCAAGCGCUACAACGUUGGGCAGCUCACGGCAGCAAACAUUACCAACAUCUUCUACGGUACCCUUAACUUCGCGCCGUUGUUGGGUGCCUUCGUCUCCGACGCCUACUUGGGAAGGUUCAGAACCCUGGCCUAUGGAUCCUUCUUUAGCCUCCUGGGGAUGCUGGGAUUGACUCUAUCUGCAUCACUUCCAGCUCUCAAACCACCAGGCUGCAAUCAAACAACCCAAGUAGGUGUACACUGCAAUGGUCCAUCAACACUCCAGCUGGGUGUGCUAUACCUUUCUCUUGGGUUUCUAACCAUCGGUGGUGGAGCAAUCCGCCCAUGCAGCCUGCCCUUUGGAGUAGACCAAUUCGAUAUGACUGAUGAGAAAAGCAGAAAGGGUCUACACAGCUAUUACAACUGGUACUAUGGUACAACUACUGCUGCCCUGGUGUUCUCUUUGACUAUUCUCGUCUACAUCCAGAAUGACAUCAGCUGGCCAAUAGGAUUCGGCAUACCCACAUUCUUCAUGUUUAUGGCAAUUAUUGUAUUAUUUAUGGGUACCAGACUCUACGUGCAUGUAUCACCAGAGGGGAGCAUCUUCACUGGAAUUGUCCAAGUUUUAGCGGCAUCCAUUAAAAAGAGAAGGCUCAAGCUUCCAUAUCCUCACGAUAUAAAUCAACAAGAGUUGCUGCUCUACAACCCUCCCACAAGGGGAAUCCGUAUUUUCAGACUGCCACUUACUUCCCAGUUCAGGUUUCUGAACAAAGCUGCAAUUGUAAGAGAUGGUGAUAUAAAUGAUGAUGGUUCUGCAAGAAACUUGUGGGAGCUUUGCAGUAUCCAGCAGAUAGAAGAGGUUAAAUGUUUGAUAAGGAUUGUGCCUGUUUGUUUUUCUGGCAUUAUAUGUUUCGUCGCGUUGGCUCAACAAUUCACCUACGUAAUCUUGCAAACAUUAACAAUGGACUGUCACCUUGGGCCACACUUUGAAAUUCCAGCAGGCACUGUUAUCUCCAUAUCAUUUGUCGCCCUAACAUUAUUCAUCCCCAUCUAUGACCGGCUUUUAGUACCUAUGGCUAGAAGAUUCACCGGGCUGGAAAGUGGAAUUACACUUCUUCAGAGACAGGGAGUAGGAUUAGUCAUUUCUCCCAUUUCAAUGGUGGUAGCAGGAAUUGUUGAACGCAAAAGGAGGAACUCAGCUUUGUCUAAUGGAGGAAUAUCACCAAUGUCAGUCUUCUGGCUUGCCCCUCAAUUGGUUUUAAUGGGUAUUGCUGAGGCCUUCAAUGCAGUUGGACAAAUUGAGUUCUAUAAUAAGCAGUUCCCAGAACACAUGCUAACCCUAGCAGGAUCCCUGUUUUUCGUUACUUUAGCUGGAGCAAACUACUUGAGUACUGCCCUGGCAAACAUCACAAAAAAGGUGACCAGCCGGGAUGGCCACAGAAGCUGGUUGACAGAGGAUAUUAAUCUCAGCAAACUUGACUACUACUUCUAUUUCAUUGCCCUCGUGGGAGUACUGAACCUUUUCUACUUCCUUAUAUGUGCACACUACUAUCAGUAUAAAACCAUGUCACUCCACGCUGAAGAGCCCAUCAAAAAACACACCAACCUAGAGGCAGAUGCAGAUAUCAACAUGGAUAGGGAUGCACAUAACAAACUUUCUUAUUAUCAUGACGAAGAACAAGUAUGCCGUACUUCAGCCAGGACGGAUAACUAUUAUCCAAAGAGCAUAAGUAGAGAGCUAAAAGGUCUAUUGUAUUCGAAUUUGAUGAAGUGUGAGUAUGUGAAACUUAAUGAAGCCGGUCAUACUUCUGUGGAACUUAAUUAAGUUCUUAGUAUAUGUGCAGCAAGUACACACAGGUCGUACUUGCAACUAGUCAGUUUGAUCAAACCAAUCAGGUCAGGGCCUCUACUAAUAGGCGACCUAUGGGCAUCUCGCAUGUCAAGAUGUAAACUGCUAAGUUAAAGACUUAUCAAAUACAAUUUCAGGCGAGUUCAGA